GUGCUAUAAAAACCAGAUAAAAACUGAAAUUUAAUGACAUUUUUGGUCUCAAAUUACAAGUGAUUUCAAAUGUUAGGUUAUGUUAUGUCUUGUUUAUUUGUGUUAAAAGAUGGUUAAAAGGGCAUAGUCCGUGAAUUGCUUGUUUGUAUUGUUUGAAAUCCUGCCAAUUCCUCACACAGUAAAAAUGGACAGAUAGUACAGAACAAUUUUACUACUUUCAGUGACCUUUAAAAUACUUUAUGUGCCUGUGUUAGAUUAUGUAUAAUAACACAGGCUUGAUCCCUUGUAGAUUUUUGAUUUUGAUUGCCCACUUUGCCAUUUGUGUUGAUUUAUUAUGGAGCAGCAAGGAGAAUGUAAAGUCCUGUUUGAACGUAACGGAGAUGGGGUACAGUACCAACUCUCACCCUACAGGGAAACUUCAAUUAGAUACCCUGGUUGGACUAGGCUGUUGCUCUUAACUGGUAUAGCUACUGUCAUUGGUUCUUCCACUCCCGUAGGAUAUAAUAUUGGAGUUAUUAACACUCCAGGUUAUAUAAUCAAAAACUUUUGUAACGAGAGUAUUUUUACAAGAUUUAACGUAGCCCUUCGCGACAGUCAGUUAGACAUUUUGUGGUCUUCUAUUGUAUCCGUUUUUCUUAUCGGAGGUUGUGUUGGAUCCCUGAGCGGUUCCUUAUUAGCCAACAAAAUAGGUAGGAAAGGAGGCUUGGGUGUGGCCUCCGUAUUGGGAGUUGUAGCUGGUAUCUUUUUUUGGUGUUCCAAGAGUGCAAACUCCAUUGAAAUGUUGCUGGUUGGUCGUAUAUUUGGAGGCCUCUCUGCAGGCUUAAUUACUACCAUAAUGCCUAUGUACUUAAUGGAGUUAGCACCGCCACAUCUAAAAGGUGCUACUGGCGCCCUCUGUCCUCUUGGAGUCACUUUAGGAAUACUUAUUGGACAGAUUUUGUCGAUGUACAACAUUUUAGGUAACGAAAGCAACUGGCCUCACUGUUUGGCAUUGGCUGCAAUUCUUCAGGCCUUAUACACCAUAACAAUCGCAGUUCUUCCCGAAAGCCCCAAAUAUUUGUUUAUUAUUAAAGAGGAACCAAGUCUAGCUGUAAAAGAACUAAAAAGGAUUAGGAAUGUAAGCGAGGACCUGCUAACUGGUGAAAUCGAUUUGUUGAAACUCGAAGAACAGGAGAAUGUACGGCAGGGUGAAAAAUGGAGUAUAGGAAGAGUGUUAAAAAGCCACGACCUCUUAUUGCCACUGGUUCUAGUUUGUAUUUUACAAGCUGGCCAACAGCUUAGCGGUGUUAACGCGGUUUUCUAUUACUCUUCUAACAUCUUCAAAAGUGCAGGCUUGUCGACGACCAGCAGUGAAUUAGCAACCAUUGGCGCUGGAUGUUGUAACAUAUUCAUGGCUCUGAUGUCUGUUCAAACCAUGUCUUGGUUCAAGAGGCGCACAAUUCUUCAAAUUAGUAUAGUCAUGUCGGCUCUUUUUCUUGUGAUAUUGGGACUUUCAAUCAGUUAUAUAAAUUCAUACACAUGGAUGCCUUACCUAUGUAUCUUCGGAGUUUUAGGCUAUGUUCUGUGUUACGGCUUAGGCCUAGGCCCGAUUCCCUACUUCAUCGGUUCGGAACUGUUCGAAGUGGGGCCAAGGUCAAGUGCUAUGGCCUUGGGCAGUAUGGCCAAUUGGAGCGGGAACUUCGUCAUUGGACUGACAUUUCCAACUAUGGCUUCCCAUAUUGGUGCUGCUUCGUUUUUUAUGUUCGCUUCCAUAGCAGUCGCCAUAUUACUUUUUGUAAGGAUUUACCUUCCUGAAACAAAAGGAAGAGAAGCUUGUGAGAUAUAUAAUCUUGUGUCCAAUGGAUUCAAAUCCAGGCCUUUACAGAAACACAUUGUUAUUAAUCCAAGUAUUCAUUUCGACGACAAAGAUGUUUUAUAAAUCUCAGCCAAAAGUAUUUUUAGAUUCGUUCAACAUUAACCUCCAAUAUCAUAAGUUUCAUACCCAUUUUUUUAAUAAGUCUAUACAAAAUUUCUUCAACGUUAUGUCAUACACUGUGGUACUCUUUCUUUCAGAUAGAAACGGGAUGAAAUAGACGUAAAUGUAACUAGCUGUUCUAGUAACUGUCAUUUCAUUUUUGAGGUUAUGAUCGAAUGCGCUGUCAGACAAAAUUGAAUUCUGUUUGUUACUAAAAUGUUUAAUACCAAACCUGGUAUGUACUGAUAAAAUUAUUAAUUGAAACAUAACCAAAAAAACGAUCAAAGGCCAAAUACCGACUUGAAGUUAAAAAAAUCUAAAACUAAUUGCGGAACCUACUUGAAAUUUUCUGAACAGUAUGAACUAAUCUCAGACACACUCCAAAACGGAUAUUAGAUAAAUGAUGAUGACGUAACGUUGAACAAUCCUUGUACAGACCAUACCAAUAUUAAUCAAUAAUUAUUUUGUAGUUUCGAAAAAACUAAUAUUUGUUGGAAUAUAUAUUCAGAUCUUGCCUAUUUAAAUUAACAAUUAAAUCUUUAAAUUAUUAUUUAGUUAUAAGAUUGUUAUAUACAUUUUAAAUUACUUUUUCAGAAAAAAAGUCUGCUUGUCAAGUCUCAAUUAAGCAAUCCUGAAACUUAAAUUUACAUAACUGUGAUAUUUUAUGUAAACUUAAUUGAACUGGAUUUAACAUUUUACUUAAAAACCUUUUGAAGCAAUCUUUUCACAUGCUUAUUAUAUAUAAAUAUUUUGUGUGUUGUUUAACAAAUAUACUUUAUAUUUGGUUGUGGGAGGUUGCAGAUUUAGUAAUUUUAAUAUAUUUCAUAUUUUAAUU